AUGGUGGGAAUUUUCUCAAGAUUUUCUGUCAGCAAAGCUGGUCAUCGGAGGACUCAAAGUGCACUUGAUGAAAGGGAAGUAUUGCCUUCUAGUUCAGAGGUGGCGGGUGUUGUUACUUCAGCUGCAGCUGUAGCUGCAUCUGCAUCUGCAGCUGCCACACACGGGAUUGAAGUUGCUGUGGAAUUCAAGCCGAUUGAACACCCUACUGAACCACUUGACAAUGAUCAGCCAAUACAGUGUCCAUUACCCGAACCAUCAAUUCUUAAUGAUGGAAGAAUAUGGAAGGAGCGAGUGUCUUCAGGCUUUCAAAGGAGGACUGAUAUGCCGAACAUUCCUAAACCACCAACUCCUGUAGAAUCCGUGACUCCUGGAACAAAACCUCGGCCCCCUAAUCGAGUUAUUCUGCCAUCAGUCAGUGCCCCAGAACACAGCAUCCUUAAGCUACUCGAAGAGUCUGGUAUCUGA